CCCUCCGCUGUAACUGCAGCAGGAAUGUGCUGAGCAAGUCUUCCUACGUGUAACUUAGUUAGGUCACAGGAAACAGAGCGUUAGUAUUAUGCCCGCGUGAAUAUUACAAUAUUAAUAGAACCAAUAUGGCGGAUUCUAAGGGGCCGAAGCUGGAUUUUACUCUGAAAGAACUGACUCUUUCCUGUCCGACUGAAGAUGUGGAUGUGCCCGGCAGCUCGUCCAGCGUGGUGCUGCAGGACAACAAACUGGUGUGUGUGGAGUAUCCGGCGGUGGUGAACAGCGUGGACAAGAUGCUGGUGACCCUCGGGGGUGUAAAAGGAGUGUCCAAAACCUUCGCUCACCCCAACAGGCGUCUUGAAAUGCGCUUCCGACCUCAGGACCCUUUCUGUCACUCUCUGUGCGGAAACCGCUUCCCAUCAAGCAACCUGGUCCUCAGAGUGCGGCGACGCGUGCGAAAAAGGGACCCCAAGGACGCCGAGAUCCACAUGGAGAUCCUCGGAGUCAUAGGAACAACAUACAAAUUCCAAGGGAUGGCAGACUUUCAGUGCCUCGCUGUGCAUUCAGAAGGUGGAAAAGACACCUCUUUGUACGACAAAAUCAUCCUCCGCAAAUCAGAGAAUCAAGAGUUCUUUGAGCAGCCCAUGCCCCUCUUUCUCCCACCCGCCAGCUUCUCCCGCCUCGACUCUCCUGUGGAUUACUACUACCGGCCCGACAUCUCUCAAACUUCCCCCCAGGUGCCCAACAGCAAGAACAACUUUAUCGGUUUGAAUCGAGCUCGCCGGCCCCACAACGCCAUUUUUGUCAGCUUCAUGGAUCCCACUGUGCCCACCGAGUGCCUCGAGGCAGCCAAGGUCAACUGGUUACGGGUGUGCGUGAAGGAGAAAGACAAGCAGGCUGAGGAACAAUUGAAAAAGAUGUUUGAGAGCCGACCCAUCUGGUCACGAAAUGCGGUCAAGGCCAACAUCAACAUCCACCCUGAUAAACUGAAACUGCUGCUGCCCGUCUUCGCCUACUACAUGGUGACUGGACCCUGGAGGAGUCUGUGGGUGAGGCUGGGCUACGACCCCCGAAAGAGUCCAGACUCCAAGAACUACCAGAUACUGGACUUCAGGAUCCGCUGUAGCACCAAGCACGGGUAUUCAUUAUCUGACAUACCAGUAAAAGCCAAGAGGAGUGCCCUGAACUACAGUCUGCCUAUCACAUUCAACAAAGCAGGUCCCCAGGCAGCUAGUGUGAUGGAACUUCCAGCUCAGGAGGGUCCAGGCUCCAGUCGAGAUCCAGUCCCCAUCACUUACCAGCUGAAGGAGUCGUCCUACAUUUUCAAAGAGGGUAUGCUGCCUCCUCACAGACAGAUGUUUUACCAGCUCUGUGAUUUGGAUGUGGAAAGUAUCAGACGGGAGGUUGAACAGAUGAAUGAAGAUGAGCAGCAGGUAUGCGACGAGCGGGACGGCUGGUGUGUCCUCGGCACCACGGACAAGCUGAGGGACAUAAUCUCAGCCAUGAUCAAGACGGUCAUCCGAGCCCAGAAACCAUCGUUGCCAGAAUUCCCCAAGAGACCUGGGGGUCAGGAGGACGGAACUCUGGAGGCUGGGGGUCAGGAGGACGGAACUCUGGAGGCUGGGGGUCAGGGGGGGGACGGAACUCGAGAGACUGGGGACCAGGAGGGGAACUGCACUCGAGAGAAUGGGGACCAGGAGGGGAACUGCACUCGAGAGAAUGGGGACCAGGAGGGGAACUGCACUCGAGAGAAUGGGGACCAGGAGGGGAACUGCACUCGAGGGGCUGGGGACCAGGAGGGGAACUGCACUCGAGGGGCUGGUGAUCAGAUGGGGAACUGCACUCGAGGGGCUGGUGAUCAGACGGGGAACAGGUCUUCAGGGGCUGGAGAUUAG